AUGCACUCAUCCACAACUAAUCAAAACCCUUUUAUCAAACAUAUUUAUUAUACUACCCUGAUAAGAGUGAAAAGUCACUCAGCCUCUCGUCAACACUCAACACUUCUCUCCUCUUUGCCGGUUUGCCCUAAAUCGACAGCCGCCACACCAACCAUCGGCAGUUCGGCACCAGCGUCGCCGGUCUAUCGCCGCCGGUCCAUCGUAUCCGGUCAAUCGUCGCCGGUCCACACCCUCCCAUCGACCCACCUCUGUUCUCCACUCGAAGUCAAACAUUCACAACGGAAAUCCAAAUUCCGGAGAUUAUCUCUUCCAGCUCGUAAUUUCUUGAUAUUUUUUCAUGAUUUCCUCCCUCUCCAAGGUCUGCACACAGAUAAAUAUGUUUGUUUAAGUAGACACUUUAUGAAUCAAAAAAGAUAUCGAGGAAUGGUGGAGUCAAGUAAAAAAAAAGUUGAAGAAUACCUUUUUCUCAAAUAUGAUGGUUGGCCUGAAAAAAGGUGUAUCGAAGAAAUCCGGCCUUCAGAAGUCAUGUAG